CUAAGAGCUACUGGUGUUGGGGCAACAGCAUAUGCUAGGCAUGGCUAUUUUGUUUCUCAUUCUGUAGUAGACUUUCAGAAAGGAGAAUGGCAAAUGAACAUGAAUUAUUCUAUUUGCAAUACACUAAAAUAUCCAUCAGAAGAUAUUGGCAGUGCACUCAUAAUCUAUGAUGUUGCAUGUCAGUGGAGUGUCAACUUCUAUGAAUGGAUGGAUCAGAGCUAUCACCUGUCUCUUCCUCAAUCAAUCAAAAUAUUGCCAGUAAUUGGCAAGUUUCAUGUGAGUGCUCAUAAGCUACCAUGCUUUGCCAGAUACAGCCUCAAUUUUAUUACAGGAGCUGGUCAUAUUGAUGGAGAAAUCUUGGAGACCCUUUAG